AUGAUUUUGGCUUCUAAAAAUAAGAAAAUCCAAGGCAGGUUCGGGCCAAGUUUUUCUGAAAGUGGUCAACUCUCUCUCUACUUCUCUGCCAUACAAGGGAAUAAAGGUAACACGUUUUCUGGCUCUCUGAAUUUUUUUGCCCAGCUGUGCCCUAACCUUUCUCUGCAGUCCGUCCUUAAAUUUUGCUUUGCAGUCCGUUGUUUUGCAGCGUUCUAGCGUUUGAUUUUCCCCAUGAAACUCGAUAUUUUGUAAGCUCCACUCAAAAUAAAAAAUCGUAUCGACCGUUCCAAUAAUUUUGAAUAGUCUGAUUUUACAAGUUUAUUAAACGAUGAAACUUUCGUCCCAUUUCUUUGGUACAUUCUGCAUCCUACAAAGAACGGGGGAAAUUUUUUUCUGAUGGGCCAAAAAACGGAAGUCUCGCUUAAAAUACCUUAUUAUCUACGUUCCAUCAUUAACGGGCUAACUAAAAACGAGAUUUUAUAGGCUCGGGCGCAGCUUGAAAUUUUUUUUUGUGCCGGGCCGGAAAAAUUUGAUUUCGUAACGCAACGGGUUUUGUCUUUUGAAGGGAAACGUUGUGGUUUUUCACAUUUUUUUGAGGUGGACCGUCAAAAUCCGGGCGAACACAAAGGCGCUUAGAGUUUGUAUUAAUUUUGAGAGUGGAAUAAAAAAUUUUAAAGUUGCACCAUUUUUUCUGGUGAAAAUUUAUACAGGUAAAUUUGACGUGUUUCUGUAAUAGCUGAUGUCAAGACAAUGAGAAAAUCAUUCACCUUGUUCAUGGAAGAAAAAAACUGUACCAAAUGAAAGAAGAAGCGCUGAUCCUGUUAGCAAUAGUUUAUUCGGCUUGGUUUUCUCCGCAACCUUUCAUUUGGGGCGGACCGGGUAUUGGCCCUAUAAGUUGAGAUCACAAAAAAAAUUUAAUGGCUAGCCAAAAACCUGGAUCGGCUAGCCUAUGUGUCCGAAUGGCUUUGAAAUCUCGAAAAAAGCUAUUCGAAAGGUUGGAACAGGUGUAAAUGGAUGGACAAAACAAAUUUUUUUUUUAAUUUCAAGCCAAAAACCUGGAUCAACUAACCAAAAUGUGAUAAUGGCUUUGAAAUCUCGCAAAAAACGGGACAACAGGUUGAAAUGGGUGUCAAAGUGUAGCGAUGACUGAAAAACCUUCAAUAUAGGUUUUUGUGUUUCUGUGGAAUGUCUUGCUCAGUGGAUUUCUUUGUUUUCCUCUCACCCUCCUCUUGCCAUUUUCUCCUUUUUGCGUCUUCAUGAUCUGCAUGAAGAUAUGACGAAGCUGAGCACAAAAAAAUCAGACCAGCUUUCAGAGCUACUUUUUGAGAAAAUUCAAAACUAUAUUAUACUAGGCAUCCGAUUUCAAUGGAUUCCUAAAACUCAAACAAGAAGUUUGUGCUGGCUCAAUUCAUCGUUCCCAAUGCCCGGACAGUGGAUUUAGUUAGUGAGGUACCUUUUUUUUACGUACCACCUUACCCUUCAAAAACGGCUGCAGCCUGUGAUUUUACACUGUAUACGAUGAGACCUGUCCGGGACUAAACUUAUUGCCUCCGUAUAGAAUUAAAUAAGUCGUCAUAGCCUCCAUAGGUACCCUUAAAGCUAUAGAGCUAUUAUAGCAAUUCAGUGCUAGCUAGGUCGAAGCCUUUCUUCCUAACUUUGGUUCCCAAGCUUGGACGCAGUUCGAAGAAGAGUACCUUUGUUGUGGCCAGAAGAGGGAACUUUUUCCAAAGUUAAAAUAGCGACUUACGUUACUAUACCGAAAUGUUAAACUGAUUUUCGAAAUGUUUUCUUUGCUCUCCGAUUAGCACUGAUCGAUUUUAGUUUCUGCGGAAAAUAAAAAGUGGAUUUUCCGAUUUUUGCACAACGCCAAAACUUUUUGGCACUGAUAGAUUUAGUCGUGGUGGGACAAACCAUAAUUAGCAGAAAAAAAACGAAGUGCCCCAGUUUGCGGAAGUUAUGCCCAAUUCUUUUUCCAUUUUUUUAGGCGUGAACAACGUCUUCAAUAUCAAAAUUUCUGUGCUUUCUUGUUUCAUUUAGCGGGAAUUUUUCUAUUCCGAUUUUGUUUUACACAUUGAAUUCGUUGCCGCAUUUUAACGUUUUGAUUUGUAGGGGCAGUAAGCUCUUUGCAAAUGGCUGAUGUAUCUUUAACAAGUCAAUUGGCAAAUCAAUAUGUCUGCCAGGUAAGAUUUAAAAUAAUUAUUGUCAAAUUCGCCUUUCACAAUUGUUCUCGGGAUGGUGAUUGAUGUUUUGGGAUAGUUCAGUUAUUAAUAAAAAUUUUUUAGACCCUCACCAACACAAACAAUGUGAUAAACAAUAUUGUACUAGACAUCGAGAAGACCCUAUGCGAAACUCUUCCAAGGUCUGCUGCUGUGAUACAGGAUGUUCUCCAGAAAUACAAGGAUCCUUUCAAAUACAGUGCAUCUAUUUUUAAUGAUACCUCGACGUAAGUCUUUGAUAAUUUUUGGUGCUGCAGGAUAAAAAUAAAGGAAAAAGUAAAACGGCUUUCGAGAUUGGGGCCGUUGUAUCUAAAAAUAAUUUUUCGGGUAUUAGAACUUUCCCAAUUUUCUUUAUAAAUAUUUUGGUUUUAUCUUUCAGGGCACAGACGCGGUUGCCUAUUAGCAUCAAAACCCGAAAAGGUACCAAGGAAAAACGUGAGGGAACCUUUGCUACGAAUGUGAGGGGAAACAUUGGCGCAAAGAAUUUGGAAAAAGCAUGCAAGGCGCAGAAUUUGGUCGAUGAAAGCAUGGUACUGGUCGAGGUUCGGCGAUUUGAGCGAGAUUUCGACGAAUAUUGCACCGUGCCGCCAUCUGAUUUGCCAUUUAUUGAGAUUCAACAAGGAGUAAAAUACGAGCUUGUUUUUGAGGAUGUAAGUUACCAUGCUUCUCAAGAUUGCUUGCGAACGACACAGAAGACAAAUAAAGACCUAAUUUCAGAUGCUGGACCAAAAAAUCGAGCUAAAAACACCAAACCAUGGUAAAAAUGGCAUGAACGGUAUCCCAAUUCACAGCAACUCGCCUCAUCCUGAAAUUAUCACACACUCGGUAACGGUUUAUCCCUUUAUGUAGCUUAAAUUAAUUUUAAAACGGUUUGAAUAGCUCCUUGAACUCGAAAUACACCAAGAAAAACGUUGUUGAUUAAGUUUGGGGUUUACACAAGCAAAAAUUUUAGCGAUUCUGAUGGCUUUUGUUGCAGACAAUGAAAACCCACUCAAAUAGCCCUGUCAAUCGCAGUUUCCCAGCGAAUCAACCUUUACCUCAAACAUCCUACAGUCAUUCCACACAGCCAACACCCUCCUCAAAACCACCAACUUCAUAUCCUGCUGCGGGUGGUCCGGAAAGGCGACGCAAUCACAGUCAUAUUGGUUCGGUUUCGAAGUCGGCAGCCGCAAUCAGAGAGAUGGAGGCCCUCAAAGAGUUGCCUCAAUUCGACAUUGUAGAGAUUAUAAAGGCUGACCCAAAAGGGCGAAUGGUCAUGGAUGCGCUAAGGACAGAGGGAAUCAAGAAAAACGGUCGCCAACGAGUAUUUUUUGUGCAGAUAUUGGGGAAGUAUUUCAGUGAGGUCUUAAAGCCGCAGUUAUGGUACGUUUCAUAAAAAAUUGACGUAAAAUGUCAACCAUUAAAUUUGAUGCUAUAUUUAAUCCAUAUUCAUUUCAGUGUGGCGAACGCCGCUACACGUCGUGCCUUUAUCGACGAAUGCUUCAGUCAGCUGAGUGCCGUUUCCAACUUGCUUCCUAAUGUAGAGGACUAUUCGAACCGGAUGGGCAACGGCUUUCUGGACAUUUAUUUGAAACACCAGGUGACCAGGGAGAGGAAAAAGGCUCAACAAAAGCUAAACGAGAGGCAGGACGUUGUCGGCGUUAAUUUCGACAAAAUCGGCAUUCAGAACGGAUCCGACCUGGCCACCUUGCUCAUGAAUCUUCCGCAGGACUCUCCAAGUGGCUCCACAGGCUUCGACGACGACAUCUCGAUUGACCCGAACAGCGAGGAAGCCGCCCAACUAAGGAAGUUCAAUUUCUUGGAUGAUGAAGUUAAAUUUGAAAUGGAACCCGGCUUUUAA